UGGGAGAAAAUUUGACCUUGCUUAGAGCAAAUUUCUUUAAAAAAAAGUUACAUUCACUCAUCUUUACAAUGCACCUUUGUUUUAACGAUCUGGUGUCAUUUCCUUUCAGAUUUGUAGAUAGCUUAUAUUAUCUGUCUUUAUGAAAUGAAUGCUCCACCAGCAUUUGAAGCUUUUUUACUUUUUGAUGGAGAAAAGAAAAUCCAAAUAACCAAGGACACGAAAGUGCCAAACGCUGCACAUUUUACAAUUAAUAAAGAAGAUCACACACUGGGAAAUCUGCUCAGGAUGCAAUUGUUAAAAGAUCCGAAAGUACUCUUCGCUGGAUAUAAAAUACCUCAUCCUCUCGAAUCGAAAUUCAUUUUGCGAGUGCAAACAACAGCAGACUACACACCACAAGAAGCAUUCACUAAUGCUAUUACAGAUCUUAUUAGUGAAAUUUCAUUACUUGAGGAACGAUUCAAGGUUGCAGUGAGAGAAAAACAAGAGGGUAUUGAAUAAGUUGAUUGUAGCAAUGUACAACCUCUUGCAACGGCUUCUUUAAGUACCCUUAUAUGCAAGUUAUUUUGCAUUUCCUGCUGACAGCAGGUACUGCUGCACCUGACUGUGAUAUUGGGUUAGAGCUAAUCUGGAAUUUUUACCCAUCCAAAUUAAAGAUUGACAUUGAUUGGAAUUAUGAAAGACUUAUGUUGAUAUGA